AAAAUCUCAGUUGCUACCCAAAUCUCGUAGGAGUAGGAAGUGCAUGUAACGUCCUACCAACAACCAUAAAAAAAAUCGGGGAUAAUAGUGUCUUUGGGACAAACUGAACAUAUCUCAGAACUUUAUUUAAAAAAAGAAAAUUUCAGCCAAAAACGGAGCUCAACUAAAAAAUAUAAAAAGUGUUGAAAAGUGAUUUAAGUGUAUGAAGGUGAUUGUGAGACAUAGUGGACAAUUGGAGAGAUCAUUUUAAUUUUGAUUCAUCUGCAUCUUUACGAUAAAAAAUCAAAAAGAUGCACAGUUGGGACGUUAUACAACAGCCCAUCAACUAUGACCACCACUGGUAUGGAAACAUGCCCGUGAAGAGGGAAUCACCAGACAUUGGGCCAUAUACUGGACAGGGGACAACAUUGGGGCAUGAAUCUAGCGUUAGUUCACCCGCUAGUGUACACAGCGAUGAGUCGAUGCCUCAAGGAGGUCAUCCAGUAUAUGCUGACAAUCACUCAGCUACAUCCCUUACGAUGUCACACAUUAGGGCACCAGGCUUCAAUCCCCUUACACCACCUGGAUAUCCCAGUGCGGUGAUCCCUCCAACAACAACUAUCAACAGUACGCCCAUGGUUCCGCAGGCCACUGAGUCACCAACAAGGAGCUUCAUCGGUAGUACCGAAGGAUCGUAUCCACUGUUGAACAAUCUCACCCCCACAAAUUCACCCCCAAACGUAACACCCCCUAAAUCCCCAAAGAGUGCCAAACACACCGAAACGGAUGGAUCCGACAAUGCAGAUGCAAAUUGCGACAUGGACGAUGAGACGCGAUCAAAUUGCAGCGACAUCGAUGAUGACGCCAUCAGGACGCCCAAAGUGAAUUCUCAUGGCAAAGUCAAGACCUACCGAUGCAAGCAAUGCGAUUUUUAUGCCAUCACGAAAAUCGAUUUUUGGGAGCACAGCCGAAAUCACAUGAAACCCGAACGUGUCCUCACCUGCCACCUCUGCCCCUUCAUCACGGAGUACAAACACCACCUUGAGUAUCAUCUGCACAAGCACUUGGGCUCUAAACCCUUCAAGUGCGAGCAAUGCGACUACAGCUGCGUGAACAAAUCCAUGCUAAAUUCACACCUCAAAUCGCACAGCAAUAUCUACCAGUAUCGCUGUGCAACUUGCAAGUACGCCACAAAAUACUGUCACUCACUGAAGCUGCAUCUACGGAAGUACCGUCAUCAGCCAGCUAUGGUACUCAACUCUGAUGGAACACCCAAUCCCCUGCCCAUUAUCGAUGUCUAUGGAACACGUCGGGGCCCAAAGACGAAGAAACAAAAGCCAGCAAAGGGGAAAACGCCACCAACGAGUCCUCAAGCAAUAGGAAAGAAUCAAUCGAGCCCCCUGGCAGCUAUGGCAACGGGAUUACUGCCGAAUUUUGCAAAUAUGCUCCAAAAUGGAAGUAUGCCACUGCUCCCGUACAUAAACUUCCAGCAAAUCCUCGCUAUGCAGCAAUUCUCGCAACUCUCACCGUCCAUGCACGAUGAUUCGGAACGUGACAUGGACACGGAGGAUGUAAAACCAAGUCAACCUGAACUCAACCUCCUAGCUUCAACUGCACUGGAUCUGACACAGCAAUCCUGCAGGGCUGGCAGCUAUGAUCGGGAAUCGAAUGGUGAGGAAGACAAGAAAUCGCUUUCUUCUCCAGCGAGUAUAGCAUCACCACUGUCGGGUAAAAAUAAACGAAAGGGUCGAGCAGUAAGAUUGGAUUUGAGUCGAACAACACCAACGCCCGAGAUUGAUGUGGACACCGAGGAACCCCCGAAAGAUGUAAAAGAUGAGGAAAUGCUACCACCAAAGUCCCCAGCGGAUGAUACGUCGAACCAAAAGGUAGCCCAAGUGUAUGAGUGCAAAUUUUGUGAUAUCUCCUUCAAGGAUGCUGUCCUCUAUACCAUCCACAUGGGCUACCAUGGCUACAACGACGUCUUCCAAUGCAACAUGUGUGGGGUAAAAUCCGACGAUCGGGUGGCAUUCUUCCUCCAUAUCGCACGCAAUCCCCAUUCCUAAUCUCAGGCAACCAUUUUACAUUGUGUUCAUUAAAUGUUACCAAAAAAACAGGAGGGAGGCGCUUCGUUUCUCCCUCUAAAUACUAUUCCAAAAUGCAUUUAUAUAUAGUUUUUAAAAUGCAAUAGGGAUAGAAACAACCUCAUGCUAUAAAUAUACAUUAUGUACACAAAACAUACAGCUCUCUGUGAGAUAUUUUAUUAGAAAGAAAAAAAAAGUCGACAAUAAAUCCGAUUCAUAAAACAUAAAA